AUGUGGUCCAAGUAUGAUGAGAUGUUGCUGCAGAAUCCAUUUUUCAUGGAAAUUCAGGAGCACCAUAAGGAUAUCCUCGAAAAAUCGUCCAGGGAAAACUGGACAAUCUGUGUACCUCGAAUGGGAACUUUCGAAUUGGAAGAUGUCACAGUGGAAGCAAUUUUAGACCAUAUACUAAUUCCAGAAGAUGAAGAUAAUAUGUACCAUACCCUGAGCAAAAAAAACAUUCAAGUACAAAACAGACAUAUUACUAAGCAUUCUAGUCAUGACAGCAUCUGUGAUAGCAUUGAAAUAUUAUUUGAAGAAACUUUUUAUGUACAGAAGAAAUCAAAGUACAAGGUGUGGUGUAUAGAAUGCCCAUUAUUUUGGAACCACAAAAAUUCACAUACACAGUCAAUAAAGAUUAUUGGAGACCUGCGUGACUGCUUGGAUUUCUUAUGGUGUGAAAGUCUAGGACACACUAUCUUAGAUGGAAUCAAGAAUACAGUGCUAAACUCAGCAGCUGAAUCACAGACUAUUGAAGCAGAAGACCUGCAAACCCAGAAAGAGUUUAUUGGCAUCUUAUUCUCACAGUGUCUACAAGUUGGUAUGAAGAAUGAGAUUAUAAGUGAUAAAGUAGUAGACAAUCUAUUUUUCGAGAAUUUCAAGCUAGCAGUGGAAACUUAUAUGCAAUAUUGCCUUGGCAGGAAGCUAAUCUAUAGUAUAGGUUCUGCUUGUCAUCAGGCUGAUUCACAUCUGACAAAAAUUAUUAAAAACUCUAAUCACCUACAUUAUCAAGAUUUAGGCAUCUCAUGCAAGUUUCUGAAUAUUAUAACUGCAGCAAAGUCUGAACUGAGUAGGAUAAAUAAUUAUUUCACUGCAUUAGAAAAAAUCAACUGCCUUAGAAAAACAUUUCAAAUUUUUCAGGAAGGAGGUUCAGCUAUAGCCCAUAUCACAUCAGAUCACAUACUACCAGUCCUAGUUUUUUUAAUUCUCAAAUUGAAUAUCAACAAUUGGGUAGCCAAUUUAUUGUAUUUGAAGGAAUUCAGAUUGUCCUCUUUGAAAAAUCCUGAUCAUAUCAGUUUUGUCAUUUCGUCAUUGGAAGCUGCUGUUGAGUUCAUUAAAAGUUCAGAGUUCUUACAUUUGAAAAAAGGUCUAGAACAAACCACCAAUUGUAAUAAUCCAAAACUCAAACUUAUUGUUGAUGGUAUCAAAUCAGGACAGGUGAAUUUAUUUAUAAACCAUAAAUCCCUAAUGCCAGAGAUUCCCAAGCAAUGUCACCCCUUAUGCCUUUGUACCACAUGUCAGGAAAAAGAAAAAGAGGAAUCAAGCAAAAAUCUUGACCCUCUAUGUCACCAAAGUUUGCUUAUAUCUGCCACUCUUUCAGGAGAUUCUGAAGUUGUUGAUUUUUUAUUAAAUCAAGGUGUAGAUCCUAAUGAAACAGAUAGUUCUGGUAAAACUUGUGUACAUUACACUGUUAGUAGAGGGCACCAAAGUAUAUUACUGCUUUUAUUGAACUUUUCAGUUAAUCUCAAUGCAAUUGACAAUGAUGGAAAUUCACCUCUCCAUCUUGCUUGUUUGAAUGGCCAAGAAAAUUGUGUUAAAGCUCUGAUUUAUUCUUCUAAAAUCAACAUAGACUGUUGCAAUGCUCUAGGGGAGACUCCACUUCAUUUAGCAACCAUUUGUGGUUAUUAUGAGAUUGUGAAAAUCUUGCUAGAGAAUGGAGCUUCACCUUUUGUCAAAAAUAAAAGAAACCAAGCACCUCUAGAUGUUGUUCCUGAUUAUUACAUAAAGGAAAUGUUUCGAAAGAGUAUUUCAAAUCAUAGAGUUUCACCAGAGGAGUUCAGGAAAGUUGACAAGAAUGAUUCAAUCUCGCAACCUGCACCAAUUGAAGAAAAAAUAGAGAAUUUCAGGAAAAUUGAUCUUCUAUUGAAAGCUAUUGAAAGUAAUGAUUUACCACUUACUAAUUUCUAUCUGGGUUUUCAUUCCAACUCAAAGAUACAGAAAUAUGAUUGUUGUCAUCCCUUAUGCACCUGUAACAACUGUAAAAGAAAUACUGAGGAACACUUUUUCGAAACUGAUAUAGAAUCUAUGAAUAUCAAUAUUUGUGAUAUGAAUGGCUACACCCCAUUGCAUGUAGCUGCUAAAUUUGGCAGAACAGAAAUUUUGAGGUUGCUUUUGGAUUCUGGAGCUUUAGUUGAUGUGAAAACCAAUAACCUUCAUACCCCAUUACAUUUAGCUUGUAUCAAUAAUCGUACUCAAAUAGUCAAGGAAUUAUUGAAAUGUGGCGAUUGUAAAGUAGAUGAACUAGAUACUGAAGGCAACACUUCACUUUUUUAUGCAUGUGAAAACAAUAACAUGGAAAUUGUGAAAAUGUUGCUGCUUAGCGGUGCAGACUGUAAUAUCAGGAACAAUGCUGGCAAAAGUGCUUUCCAACAUUGUGAGGAAAAUAUGCAAUAUAGGUUAAUGAAAAUCUUGAAUAGCAAUAUGAAUAGUAGUAUAGUUGACUGGGAUACCAGUGGUAGCACUGAUGCCUCUGAUUACAUUUGA